AUGAAGUUGGGUUUUAAUGAAUGGAGUGUGCAUGUUCAAUCUGCUUUGAUUGAUAUGUAUGGAAAGUGCAUGGACAUUGAGAGUUCUAUGGCUGUAUUUGAAUGUCUUCCCGAGAGAACAUUGGAUUGUUUCAACUCAUUGAUGACCUCUUUGUCUUAUUGUGAUGCGGUUGAUGAUGUGGCUGAAUUGUUUGGUUUGAUGGUCGACGAAGGUCUUGUGCCGGAUGGAGUUACCUUAUCAACCACACUGAAGGCAUUGUCAGUGUCUGCUUUAGCAAAUUCUUCCUUCUCCAAACGCUUCACAUCCAUGAUCAAUGCAUAUGCCCGAAAUGGAAUGGGGAAAGAAGGAAUUGCAAUGCUUCAAGCAAUGACUGAGAGGGGAAUAAAGCCAGAUGAUGUUACCUUCUUAUGUGCACUAAAUGGUUGUAACCACACAGGAUUAGUUGAGGAAGGAAGAAUAGUCUUCGAAUCGAUGAAAUCUCUUCAUGGGGUCGAUCCAGAUCGCCGCCAUUUUUCAUGCACGAUGGAUCUCUUUUGUCGUGCAGGACUUCUACAUGAAGCUGAAGAGUUUCUGCUACAGUCACAGGGAAAAGGAGAAUAUUUUAUGUGGAGCUCUUUGUUAAGAAGUUGCAGGGUCCACAAGAAUGAAGAGGUUGGAACAAAAGCAGCACAAGUGUUAGUUGAGCUAGAUCCAGAUGACCCUGCAGUGUGGUUGCAAGCUUCAAAUUUUUAUGCUGAAAUAGGGAAAUUUGAUGCAUCAAGGCAAAUCAGAGAGGUUUCUCUAGCAAGGAAGAUGACUAGGGAAAUUGGUCAUAGUUUAAUUGAGAUAAGACAAUAA